AAGUACCGGCCGACCACAGUCGUGGACCGAUCGAUCGUUCGCAGACAGAAUCAUUUAACGUGCACACCCACUCGAGUAAACAUUCGUCUCUUUGCUACGUUUCCAAAGUUAAAACUCCUUACUCUUAAUCAUGUCGAACAUCGGUAUUAAUGGAUUUGGCCGUAUCGGCAGAUUGGUGUUGAGAGCUGCAUUGGAAAAGGGUGCUAAAGUAGUAGCCAUCAAUGAUCCAUUCAUUGGUAUUGAAUACAUGGUGUACUUAUUCAAGUAUGAUUCUACUCAUGGACGUUUCAAGGGCGAAGUAACUGUUGCCGGAGAUUGCCUAUGUGUUAAUGGAAACAAGAUUAAAGUGUUCUCUGAACGCGACCCUAAAGCCAUCCAAUGGGGAUCUGCUGGAGCUGAUUAUGUAGUUGAAUCUACUGGUGUGUUCACCACCAUUGAAAAAGCUUCUGCUCAUUUAGAAGGUGGAGCUAAGAAAGUUAUUAUUUCUGCUCCCAGUGCUGAUGCUCCCAUGUUCGUUGUUGGUGUUAACUUAGAAGCCUACGAUCCAUCUUUCAAAGUUGUAUCCAACGCUUCAUGCACAACAAACUGCUUGGCCCCAUUAGCUAAGGUUAUUAAUGACAACUUUGGAAUUGUUGAGGGUCUCAUGACUACUGUACAUGCAACUACUGCCACCCAAAAAACUGUUGAUGGACCAUCUGGAAAGUUAUGGAGAGACGGUAGAGGUGCUGCCCAAAAUAUCAUUCCUGCUGCUACUGGAGCUGCCAAGGCUGUUGGUAAAGUUAUUCCUGAACUUAAUGGAAAAUUAACUGGAAUGGCUUUCCGAGUACCAGUUGCUAAUGUUUCUGUUGUAGACUUGACUGUCAGACUUGCAAAACCAGCAACCUACCAAGCCAUCAAGGACAAAGUUAAGGAAGCUGCUGCUGGCCCAUUGAAAGGAAUUUUGGGCUACACUGAAGAUGAAGUUGUUUCUUCUGACUUCAUUGGUGACACCCAUUCUUCAAUCUUUGAUGCUAAGGCUGGAAUUCCAUUGAACGACCAAUUCGUCAAACUUAUCUCAUGGUAUGACAAUGAAUAUGGUUACUCCAACCGUGUUGUGGAUUUGAUCAAGUACAUGCAAUCUAAGGAUUGAAUUAAUGUUUGAGUCGCUACUAUUAGUUGCAUUAUGUAACUACACAUUAUUUGUGUUAGGAUUAAACUACAAUUUUCUGUUUACCAUCAUUAUUUUGUUUACUGUGUGAAAUUUUAAAAUAGUAAGAUCCAAUUUUACUUUUU